CUUCUUUUAAAACCCUAAUCCACACUUCCUCUCUUGCUCUGAAACCCUAGCAGCAGCGAUACAGCAGCCAUGCCGCCGAAGUUCGAUCCCUCGCAGGUCGUCGAAGUUUAUGUCCGCGUCACCGGCGGAGAAGUUGGCGCCGCCAGUUCGCUCGCUCCGAAAAUCGGUCCUCUCGGUCUCUCCCCCAAAAAAAUUGGUGAAGAUAUCGCCAAGGAAACCGCCAAGGAUUGGAAGGGUCUCCGCGUCACCGUGAAGCUCACCGUCCAAAACCGUCAGGCCAAAGUCGCCGUCGUACCCUCCGCCGCCGCAUUGGUUAUUAAAGCACUCAAGGAGCCGGAGCGCGAUCGUAAGAAGACGAAGAACAUCAAGCACAGCGGCAAUAUCUCUCUGGAUGAUGUGAUCGAGAUCGCUAAGGUAAUGAGUCCUCGCUCCAUGGCGAAGGAUUUGUCUGGCACCGUCAAGGAGAUUCUCGGCACCUGUGUUUCUGUUGGAUGCACCGUCGAUGGAAAAGAUCCCAAGGACUUGCAGCAGGAGAUUACCGAUGGCGAUGUGGACAUUCCACAAGAUUGAGGUGAACUGUGAGCCGAAAAACAUUAAUCUUAAAUUUCGUAUACUUUGUUAUUUAUUCUUGCUUGAAUUUCGAGAACUUCUUAUCUAGUUCUGUUGCAUUAACACAUAAAGUUUGCUGAAGUUUUCAAUAUAUUUUGAAAGAGAUUCUUAGUUUA